GGACUCGACUUGUUGUGUUGCUGUCGGAGAGCCGGAUACUGUCGUCCUGCGGCCGUGCCGCUUCCAGUCUCCAGAUCAUGUCUCACUUAGUCGAGCCGCCGCCUCCCCUGCACAACAACAACAACAACUGCGAGGAAGGCGAGCAGCCCCUGCCGCCGCCCGCUGGCCUCAACAGUUCCUGGGUGGAGCUACCCAUGAACAGCAGCAAUGGCAAUGAUAAUGGAAAUGGGAAGAAUGGGGGGCUGGAGCACGUUCCUUCCUCGUCUUCCAUCCACAAUGGAGACAUGGAGAAGAUCCUUCUGGAUGCACAGCAUGAGUCGGGACAGAGCAGCUCAAGAGGCAGUUCUCACUGUGACAGCCCUUCGCCACAAGAAGAUGGGCAGAUCAUGUUUGAUGUUGAGAUGCACACCAGCAGGGACCACAGCUCUCAGUCAGAAGAAGAAGUUGUAGAAGGAGAAAAAGAAAUUGAGGCCUUUAAGAAAAGUGCAGACUGGGUAUCAGACUGGUCCAGUAGACCUGAAAACAUCCCACCCAAAGAGUUCCAUUUCAGACAUCCUAAACGUGCUGCGUCUCUAAGCAUGAGGAAGAGUGGAGCCAUGAAGAAAGGAGGCAUUUUCUCUGCAGAGUUCCUAAAGGUCUUCAUCCCGUCUCUCUUCCUUUCGCACGUGUUGGCUUUGGGGCUGGGCAUCUAUAUUGGAAAACGACUGAGCACACCUUCUGCCAGCACCUACUGAGGGAGACGAAAAGCCCCUGGAAAUUCGUGUGGCCUGUGAAGUGGUGUAUCGUAGUUUGAAUUUGAGACCUAUUGUAAGCAUGAUCCCGACCUACAACCCUAUUUUUACAUACCCAAUUCCAGUAACUCUCAAAUCCAGUAUUUUACUCAAACUCUGUUGGGGCAUUUUACUAACUUUGUUCCCUUUUUGGCCUGUAAGACACUUUAGAGAUUCCUAACAGAGUUUACUGUUGUUUAGAAAUUUGCAAGGGCUUUUUUUCAGCAAUGCCACCAGCAGAUUAUAAUCUUGUCAACAGUGCAUCGUCUCCUCUUAGUAUCACCGGUCACCUGCAUCAUUCAUGCUAGAAGCUGUAUUCUAGCCAUGCAAUUACAUCUCUUUCUAAAUGAGGUCAGGUUUGCAAAUAAUACUAUAAAGGCUUUGUUUAGUCUUUGUUUUGUUUUCCAAGACAAAAACAAGCUUCCCUAAGCUUGAAUUUAUAGUUACAAAAUGAAAACAAAACCAAAAAAAAAAAAAAACCAAUACACAAGGAAAAAAAAAUAUCCUGGGCAAUAAAAAUGACUUUAAACCAGCUUUGGAGCCGCUCUUUUCCUAAGCCUCCUGUGCCGCCUUCAGUUUGUAGGAGGCAGCCUGAAUGAGUGACAGACAGGAAAUAGAAGAGUAGAACAUACUGGCAGAUUUUCACAUUAGCAUAUUGCAGUGCUGUCUUUUCUAUGAUAGAGAAUCUUUAUUUGUAAGGAGUGUCUCAGGCCUAGAUACACAUGAAACUUACUUUUGAGAUUUUUGUGCAUUUGAUAUUUUCAUGUGUUACCUGCAUGUGAAUUUCUCAAUGACUUUCUUUUUUUUCUAGUUUCUUUUUUUUUCUAAGAAGAGACUUGGAAUGAGUCUGAUUCAGGUGUUACUAGAGGCUUCUUGUUUUAGGAAGCUUUGCUCACACUCUGGAGCCUUUACUCUCUGAAGAAUAACUUCAGAGUUAUUCCAAGUACUUGUGUAACUUGGAAAAGUAGACUUGGGUUGUAGGAACAGUUGAUAAAGUUCUGGAAAGAUGCCAUUCAUUCUCUUUGGUUCCUUACUUCCUGUUACUGGCUGCAGUCUUCCCAAGGUGUCCCUAGUCUCUCCCAGGCCCCUGUGACUUUCUCAUGUAGGUGUCUUCUCAGUUCUGUCAAAUUCCUGAUGCUCUGCAAUACUCAGAAAAUUCUUUGAAUGGCAGACUUUCUUUUGUCUGUUUGUAAAAUGUGAAGCUUUAGGACCAAAUUGUUAGACAGCAUCAGGAUUGGAAAUUAUCUCAAGUAGAUUUUGUUAGAUUUCAGAGCACAGCAUCACUCUGAAGGAGUCUGUGUCUUAUAUAUAAAUAGUUACUGUUUAUGAUGUACACUUUGCUAUAGUUUUAGAACCAUUGUGAAUUUCAGAGCUAGCAACCUACAUGGUGCACCAGGUUGACUUGAAUAAAUUUGGCAAGCAGGUUUGCCAGCGUGCAGAAACUAACUCCCCUCUUAGGUAAAGGGUUAGAAAAUCGAUGUCAUACGGAAAUGGAAAGGAAGGUAGAUAAGACAUUUCUGUCAUUUUUCAAGAACAUGGCUGUUUGUCUUUAAGAAAGUUAAUAAUAUCCAAAAUAGUUUUGUGUUAUUUUCUUUCUGGCAUUUAAUGUCUACAUGAUUUGUGGGCAACUGCUGCCCUUUUCCUUUUUUGCUUUUAAACCUGGUGACGCUUGAUCUGCCUUCUCACCUAUUACUUCAAGUGUUUAUACUUGAGUUUCUUAGGAAGAAAGUCAAUCUGAUGGCCUGUUGUUUUGUUGUAGUUGUUGUUUUGAAAAGCCGGAAUCAAAUUGUGAAGGCUGCUGAGGCUAAACUCCGGCACAGUUUGCAGCGCUGACGUGUGAGCUGGCAGAGCAGCGUCACUCUCCGUGCUCGCUCUCACAGGCAGACAUCGCCUUCUCUCUAAGUUCAGUAGCAGUUUCAUCGGCAGUGCCAUUGAACUGUGGGAACAGUGGUGAUUUUUUUCAACACUAAAACUAAAUUGAGUUUUGCCAUUUUUCGAAAGUAUCAGUAAAAUCAUGGAAUAUGUCACAGAACAACUGUCCAUAAGUGAGCAUGUACAGUAUUGAUUUGCAGCUCCAGCAUACGGGAUGUUCAUACUCCUACACAGUGAAACAGAUUGUCCUAUCACAAAGCAGGAGUCAACAAAGUGGAAAUUUAAGAUAAGGUUUAAAAAGCUUUAUUCCAGUUUACAAUUUGGGAUGGAAAGCAGGCUUCAUUUUAAGUUUAUUGAAAACUGGCUCAUGUUUGUAAGUCAAGAGGAAAGCGGCACAGAGAACAGCACAGUGAGUUACUCCAUUGCAGUAAAGAGUGAAAUGGAAACUCGGCCUGUGAGACGAAUCUCACAGUGAAGCAGCUGUUGGAACUCCUGGUAUCAGUGGAGCUAGAGUGACAUGCAUCCUUCGUCUGUCUGUCAGCACUGGCGUCAUUCCGUACAGUUUACAGAACACGUGUAACUUGUAGCUAUAAACACUUUGUGCCAUUAAAGCUCUCACAAACCUG